AUGAAUGAAGCUAUGCGUUUAGGGUUACAGAAGAGCACUAGUGAAAAAUCAUCAAUUAAAAUGUUCCCAUCUUAUGUUACACGAACACGGAAUGGCACAGAGACUGGAAAUUAUCUGGCACUAGAUCUUGGAGGAACAAAUUAUCGUGUACUUGCAGUAACACUUGAAGGUCUCACUCAUGCCACUUUAUUAAGAUGGACAAAAGGCUUCAGUGCAAGUGGUGUAGAAGGUCACAAUGUUGCUGAACUACUUCAAGUUGCUCUUGAUCAAUUGGGCCUAAACGUGAAAUGUGUUGCCGUUGUAAACGAUACAAUUGGUACUCUGGCUUCAUGUGCUCUUGAGAAUCCAAAAUGUGCUGUAGGAUUAAUAGCAGGAACUGGUACAAAAGUUGCCUAUAUUGAAGAUGCUUCAAAAGUUGAAUUAAUGACUGGUGUAAAAGAACCUGAAGUUGUUAUCAAUACAGAAUACGGUGCAUUCGGUCAAAAAGGUGAAUUAAACUGUUGGAGAACACAAUUUGAUAAGUGUAUGGAUGCUGAAAGUCUUCAUCCUGGAAAACAAUUAUAUGAAAAAAUGGUAUCUGGAAUAUAUCUUGGAGAGCUGGUCCGUCAUAUUCUUGUUUAUUUAGUUGAACAAAAUAUUCUAUUCCGUGGAAAAUUACCCGAACGCUAACAAGUACGAAAUGCUCUGUUAACUAGAUAUUUAACAGAUGUCGAAAGAGAUCCUCCUCAUCUUUUAUACAACACCUAUUAUAUGCUUACUGAAGAUUUAUCAGUGC